ACCCUAUAUAAGAAAUCGCUUGGUCGACAUCACCUCCUAACCCUCCUCUCUCUCUUCCUCUUCCGCCACAGAGUCGUCUUAAUCUAAACCCUAAUAUUUCAGUCCCUCUCUCUCCGUUUCUAUCUAGAAUUUUCCUUAUCCAUCUCGAUCUCGAUCAAUUGCAGGGAGGUUGCUGGUUUUUCUGCUAUUUGCAGAUUCUCUAGGUGAAGGUGUCAACAUUGAAGUUUCUUUUAUGUCCGAACAGGCCGCCUUCUAUUUGGGAUCAAUUGGGCUGUUGGGAGAGUAUUGUCCUUCGUCAAGAAAAAAGAACAGAUCCAUAUCUCUAAGGAUUGGCUGUAUGCAUCUCGAGCCAUUUUCGGAAUAUCUAGAUUUUCAUGGUUGCAAUUGUCUGCAACCUUUUCUCACCACUGAAGACCAGUCUACUCUUGUUCAGAAAACCUCAGAAGACAAAUUUUCAGCCCUAUAUUCUUCAAAUUUUAGCAUUUGUUUCUUGUGAGAUCCAGUGUAUUUCUUCUACUACUUCUGAUCUGUGGUCAAGAUGGCUUUACAGAACAUUGGUGGAAAUAAUGAUGAUGCCUUCUACAGGUAUAAGAUGCCCAAAAUGGUUACAAAAAUUGAGGGCCGAGGAAAUGGCAUCAAGACAAACAUAGUCAACAUGGUUGAUAUCGCAAAGGCUUUGGCAAGACCAGCUGCAUACACCACAAAGUACUUUGGUUGUGAGCUUGGAGCACAAUCUAAAUUUGAUGAGAAAACUGGGACCUCUCUUGUUAAUGGAGCGCAUGACACUCCUAAACUUGCUGGCCUUCUUGAGAACUUCAUUAAGAAAUAUGUUCAGUGUCAUGGUUGUGGGAACCCUGAGACAGAGGUUCUGAUCACCAAAACCCAGAUGAUCCAACUGAAAUGUGCUGCUUGUGGCUUUUUGUCAGAUGUUGAUAUGAGGGACAAACUCACUACAUUCAUUCUGAAGAACCCACCUGAAUCAAAGAAGGGAUCCAAAGACAAGAAGGCUAUGAGGAGGGCUGAGAAGGAGCGUCUGAAGGAAGGUGAGGCUGCUGAUGAGGAGCAGAAGAAAAUUAAGAAAGAGGCCAAGAAGAAGGGCACCACAUCUUUGAAGGAUGGCACCGCAAGAGCCGGCUCUUCGAAGAAGAAAGCAAGUGGCUCUGAUGAGGAUCGCUCAUCACCUACUCACAGUCAAGUUGAUGAUAAGGAUGAAGCUGAUGAAGAUGAGGAUGGUGAUGUCCAGUGGCAAACUGAUACAUCCCUGGAGGCAGCUAGGCAACGCAUCCAAGAGCAACUUAGUGCAGCGACAGCUGAUAUGGUCAUGCUUGCUACAAAUGAGCCAGAGAAGAAGCCAACAGCGGCAACUAAACCGAGUGUAAAUGCUGCAAAUAUACCAAGUGCUGAAAAUGGAAACUCGGCCACACACAAAACACUAGCUGAUGAGGUAAAAGAAAAUCUGAAGAAAGGUGUCUCGGCAAAGCAACUGCAGUCCCUUCUGGGAUCACUCUCCGGCUCUGCCCAAGAAAAGAUGACUGCCCUGAUUGAGGGACUAUUUGAUGGCAUUGAGAAAGGGUUUACAAAGGAAGUGAAGAAGAAGAAGAGCUACCUUGCUACUGCUGUUGCACAGGAAGAGGGUUCGCAGUUGAUCUUACUUCGCGCAAUUGAGGAGUUCUCCCUGAAGUCAAAUACGAGUGCAAUGAAGGAAGUUGCUCUAAUUUUGAAAGCACUCUAUGAUGCUGAUAUUUUGUUGGAAGAGUUCAUCGUUCAGUGGUAUCAAGAAGGACUGAAAGGAGGCAACAAGGAGUCUCAGAUAUGGAAGAAUGCUAGACCCUUCAUAGAUUGGCUCCAGAGUGCCGAGUCAGAAUCUGAAGAGGAAUGAAGUGUUCUGCUGUCACUUAACCCUUUUGCUUGCAGGUCUAUCCUUAUCGUCUGGUAUUUACCAAUUAAAUGUUUCCUUUUGGUCCUUGUCCUGUCGAUUACUGUUAUGUUCGAUUAUUAUAUCUUCAAAAUGGUUUGCUUGAUGUUUUGUCUGAUUCAGUGUGAGAACAUUAAGUGCAGUUUGUUUCAGUGUUAAAACUUAAAACAUCAAUUCUGUCUUUUAUUAA